AGGGCAUAUUCCAGGUUAGAGACUCCUGUGAGUCGAUGUAUAGAAAAAUAAUGUAGGAACUAGAUUUUCUUUAAAAUAUACUUUAAAAUACACUAUUAAGGUUUCUAGAGUCCAUAGCGUGGAUUGCCCUGAUUGACAUUAUGCACAUUUUCAGCCAAGAUAUUUUUAAAAAAAAAAAUCUUACGAGAGAGAAUUAAAGCUGGAAAUGUCGUCUGAAGUGUACGACUGUAUCGUCGUUGGCGCAGGGAUCCAGGGGUCUUGCACUGCCUAUCAGCUGGCCAAAAACAAGCAGAAAACUCUACUGCUGGAGCAGUUUGUUUUGCCCCACUCCAGAGGGAGCUCUCAUGGCCAAACCAGGGUUAUACGGAAAACCUAUGAGGAAGAUGUCUACAUACAGAUGAUGCACGAAAGCUAUGAGCUCUGGGCUCAGCUUGAGAGAGAAGCAGGUGUUGAACUGUACAGGCGCACACGCGUACUGGUUAUGGGUCCAGAGAACGGAGAGGGUUUCUUACGCCUAAAGGCCACGAUGCAAAGGCACAAGAUUCCCACAGUGUUUCUGGAGAAGCAGGAAUUCAGCCAGCACAUUCCCAAUGUGAAUCUCGCUGAUGGGAACGGAGCACUGAUAGACACCUUUGCUGGCGUGCUGUAUGCGGACAGAGCCCUCCGAGCUGUGCAGAGGCUGUUUCAGUCCUGUGGGGGUGUGAUAAAGGACGGGGAGAAAGUGAUUGACAUCAGGCCUGGUGCGGAGGUCACUGUAACGACGGGCUCUGGAGUGUACAGAGGGAGGAGUCUGGUGAUCACUGCGGGACCCUGGGCCAACACUCUACUGACACACACAGGACUGCAGCUCCCGCUCAAGGUUGUAAAGAUUAACGUAUGCUACUGGAAGGAGAAGAUCCCAGGCACCUACAGUGUCAGCCAGAGUUUCCCAUGUUUUAUAGAGAUGGAGCCAAAAGAGGGGGAAUAUGAUAUUUACGGCCUUCCAUCCAAUGAGUAUCCUGGGCUAAUGAAGGUGUGUUACCACAUGGGCAGUGAGACCGAACCGGAUGAGCGAGAUAAACAGACGGAUAGAGGGGACAUCGAUAUUCUGGUGCGUUACGUCACCCGCUGUCUCCCUGGGCUGGUGCCAGUGCCUGCUGUGGUGGAGAGCUGCAUGUACACGGUCACACCAGACCAUAACUUCGUCCUUGAUUCCCACCCAACCUACGGCAACAUCAUCAUCGGUGCAGGAUUCUCAGGCCACGGCUUCAAGUUCGGCCCUAUCAUAGGGAAAUUGCUCUCUCAGUUGGCCAUGGGGCAGGUUCCCUCAUACGACCUCUCACCUUUCCGUAUUCAACGUUUCCAGUCUCACACCAGAUCGUCACUUUGAAUCCAGGAGCCUGCAAUGACAGCUGCAUUUAAUAUAAUAAGCCAAUGUUAAACAAUGUCUGAAUGGUAACUGUGCUAUGUUAAUUCAUACAUGCUUUUUUCUUUAAUAUCAGGGCUGUAUCAAGUUAUAUACCUGUAUCAGCUGUAUCAGACGGAAUCCUGUCUGUCUGUCUGUCUGUCUAUGGUGCUGUGGACUUGUGCCGUUGAAGUGAUGUGCUUUCAAGCUGCCUUUUGUUACCAGGCUAAGAAGUUGACUUCCACCACCUUAUUGCACAAUUAUAACAUGUGAAAUGAUAAAAAUACCAUAGGCUUUAUGAAGACAUGGAGAUUGUAUGUGCUAAUUAUGUUUCUAGGUAACAGCCUGUUUUAUAUUGUUUUUGUGGAGACUCUGGGUGAGUCUAACUGCUUUUAUUGUUAUUUUUUAAAUCUUGAUAUAAUUUUUUUCCUUUGCAUUGCAUUUUGUCCAUUUAGUAUUUCUAAAAGAGAAGCAUGGGGGCGGGUUUUUUCUAACCAUUAUUGAUGAUUUAAUGUUUGUAUAUAAAAUUAAAGCCAUAUUCAUUAAUUUUCAUACACAUUUGAAUUAAAAAGUAAUUUAUUACUUUUUUUAAUACUUGGGGUUAUUAUAGUUCACUAAAACUAAAACCAUAAAAAAUGUCACUACUGAAUGUUAAAUGAAAAAAUAGACUAAUUUAAUUAUUUUUUUAUUACAGCUAGUUGCAUAGGCAGCAUUUCUCAUUUUAUUUAGUUUAACUUGAUGUACUAAAAUAACUAAAACUGAAAAAAAAAUAAAAACUGCAGACAUUUUCUUAAAUGUCAAAAACAGACAACAAAAUUACACAACUUUAAAAUUACAAUGAAAAUUUAAAAGAUAAAAAUGAAAAACAAAGGAUAACUUGGAAAAAUACACAUUUAAAUUACAAAAAAGGAAAAUAUACGAAUAAAAACUACUAUAACACCUAUAACUUAAAAAAUUACAACUUCAAAACGACAAUUAAAUUGGAAAAUAUAUAGAACUGUUUUUUAAAAACUAUAUUAUAAAAAUUAUAAUAUUCUCAAUGCUACUAAAAUCUAAAAAAGCAGGAUCUACUAAAACAUUAUACAUGAGAUCCACUUGCAUCCGCUUCACGCACUUCGCCAAGCUGUUUUUGAAUGCAAAAAUAUGCCACCCUAAGCAUAAAAGUGAGGAAAUGUGAUUAUAUGAACGUGAUUAAUAACCAUUUUAAAUCUGUCUUCACCAUUAACGUUUAUAUGAAAAGUCUGCAGAGAUUUCCGCACCGUUCUGCAGGAGAAGGAUGACUGAUCAAUACCCUCCGAUGCUGAUCACCAGAGUAAAGCCCGCCAUGUUUCAGCAUCUGCUACACUGACAAGGGAGCCAUUAGCCUCCCGCGAUGAGUUUCUAACAGUAUCGUCUGAUAUUGUCUGAUUGUGAACGCAUUCAUCUGUGGCCAACGGCAUUAAAAUUAAAGUGCACACUUGUCAAUUUUUAUGAUUUUACGCAUUACUUCUCGACGGCUCGGAGAGAGAGCAGUCUGGCGGCAAACGGAGCAUAUUGUUAAAAAGACAUCAGCCGUCGAGCCAUUUGUCUUGGUGAAGUCAGCGUCAUUUGUUGACUUGCUGCCUGGACCCAUUUUCCCCUGUAAACAUGUUAAUCACUAAUCAGGCAGCCUUUUACUCUAGACGUCCACCGGCACCAUCAGGGGGAAUGAGGAAAUUAUACAAUGUGACAGCGGGUUACCGAGGGCCCAUUCAUCCUUCUGGCUAGAAGUUAGCAUGUAUUGACAGUAUUAGGGUAUCGAUGGCCAUAUGAAAAUGCCAUCAAACAUGCAGGAGCUAAUGUUUACCACCUCUGAUGAGAGCUAACCUGAUGCCAUGAGAGCAACAGGAGCUAUUGUGACGGCAAAGGCUUCACCCCACUGAGGUUUAAUAAAUGCAGCUCCAGGCCUGUUUUCUGGCUCACAUGUGUGGAAGGGUCAUUUCCGUGGCUUCGGUCAAAACAAGAGCUUUUUUUUUCCCAAGAAAAGACAAAAUAGCUCUCUGGCGCAAAUGAUAAAGGAGCUUUAUAAUGAUCGGGAGAGAGAGAAUCAGGCAAAUGUGCUCUCUGAAACAAUGCAGGUGCAGGAUGCCUAAAGGAAGACGUCUGUGCACAAAAUAAUCCACAGAAUCCGUGGACACUUGUUCAUCUCUGUCCUUUCAUAACAGAUAAUUCAGUAAAAUGGUUUUGUUGUCCUAGAGAGUUGCAGCUGG